AUGAACACGUGUCUCAAGGCUUCGUCACUUUGGUCCCACGUAGAAAAACUCCACCUCACUCGGAAUAUGCGUGCACAACUCUACAAUGAUACAGAGUCAGGUGUGUUUGCGAGUAAGCUGCUCGAGAUCGGAGAUGGUAGGCUGGAAACCGAUCCGGACGGCAAAAUCAUUUUCACCAACGAAUUUUGUCAUCCAGUAGCUACCGGGGAAGAGCUACUCGCCAAUGUAUUUCCCGAUUUAAAAAACAAAUUAAAUAAUGAGGAGUGGUUGUGUGAGAGAGCAGUGCUGUCGCCAAAAAAUGAAUUGGUGAAUAAAAUAAACAACAAGGUAUUAGAUGUAGUAGAUGGCGCAACGAGGGUGUUCACGUCCAUAGACACGGUGAUGGCAAGCGAUGACAGCACUGCGUAUCCCGUGGAAUUUCUCAAGUUAUUAGAAUUGACUGGCGUGCCGCCCCACAAGUUGCGAGCUGAAGGUUGGCGUCCCAGUUUUGUUGAUGCGUAA